CCUCUGCUGGUAUCGGCAGGGACGGCGCUGCCUCUGGGGCGCUCGAUUAAAGUCGGUGGCGGCCGCCAUUCGCGCAUCGUAGCGCCUGCCUGACCGUCGCUAUGUCGGACUUUGACAGCAACCCUUUCGCGGACCCAGACCUUAACAACCCCUUCAAGGAUCCUUCCGUUACACAAGUGACAAGAAAUGUUCCACCAGGAUUAGAUGAGUACAACCCUUUCUCAGAUUCCAGAACACCACCACCAGGAAAUGUCAAAAUUCCUAACGUGCCCAGUACGCAACCAGCUAUUAUGAAACCAACUGAGGAACCACCCGCUUAUACUCAAAUUGCAAAGGAGCAUGCCUUGGCCCAGGCUGAACUGCUUAAGCGUCAGGAAGAAUUAGAGCGGAAAGCAGCUGAACUAGAUCGCAGGGAAAGAGAGAUGCAGAGUCUUAAUCAGCAGGGAGGAAGGAAGAACAAUUGGCCUCCCCUGCCAGGAAAUUUCCCAGUGGGCCCUUGUUUUUACCAGGAUUUCUCAGUAGACAUCCCUGUAGAGUUCCAGAAAACAGUAAAGAUUAUGUACUAUUUGUGGAUGUUCCAUGCAGUGACAUUAUUUCUUAAUAUCUUUGGAUGUCUGGCCUGGUUUUGCCUUCAACCCAGUCGAGGAGUUGACUUUGGACUGAGUAUUCUCUGGUUCUUGCUUUUUACCCCAUGUUCAUUUGUGUGCUGGUACAGACCACUUUAUGGAGCCUUCAGGAGUGAUAGCUCCUUCAGGUUCUUUGUUUUCUUCUUUGUAUACAUUUGUCAGUUUGCUGUGCAUGUACUUCAAACUGUAGGAUUCCAAGGAUGGGGCAACUGUGGAUGGAUUUCAUCUCUCACUGGACUAAACCAUAGUAUUCCAGUAGGCAUUAUGAUGAUAGUCAUAGCAGCACUUUUUACAGCUUCUGCAGUCAUCUCACUAAUUAUGUUUAAGAAGGUACAUGGUUUAUACCGUACAACUGGAGCAAGUUUUGAGAAGGCCCAGCAAGAAUUUGCAACGGGUGUCAUGUCCAACAAAACUGUACAAACUGCUGCAGCCAAUGCUGCCUCAACAGCAGCAACCAACGCUGCUCAAAAUGCUUUCAAGGGUAAUCAAAUAUAGACAAAAGAGAUGAAACUCAGUACAAAUUUCUGGCUGUACUUUAUUUUUCAGUCCCUAAAGACUUAUGUUAAAAAUGCACACAGCAUGUAUGUCUUUUCAGCUGUGCAUGGGCUAAGACAGAAAAAGGUCCUUAUUUCAUUCCUUUUAGAAUUUUUUUAUUGAGAAGUUCUUCCUAGUUACACUACUAGCUUACGGGGGUUAAUUGUUUCUCCAUAUUUUUGGAGGUACAUGGUAUUUGGUGAAAAAUAGAACGGUAGCUUUAAAAUUCAUACGGCAAGUUUAGCUUCUGAGAUAAGCGAAUGAUUUUGUUUUUCCAUGGUCUGUCGCUCUCUGCGGAACUGUUCCUCCUGACUUGACAAAAGCACUUUGAAUUAACCCUGUUCAUAACACUUUGCUUCCCCGUUUUCGUAAGAAACAAAAAAAGCUGACCAUUUUGAACACUAAAUUUUGGCUGCUGCUUUGUAGCUCCAGCAGCUGAUGAAGGACAGACGUAAGCUUAAAAUAAGUAUGAUAGAUAAUGUAAAUUCUUUUUUUAGGAGAAUAGAUUUUUUUUAACAAUCUGAGUCUGCAUGAAAGAAUUUUGAUCAUGCUGCACUAGCAUUCUGCUCCAGAAUUUGUCUAUCACUCCAGUUAUAGUAUUUGUUGAGAUCUGUUUUCAUGGUGUAUGGUGUUCUAACUCAGAUAUCUUGGAGCACAGAUGUCUUCAUUGAAGUAAUGCAACAUGGAGUGAAGAGAAUUAUGUUUAACUGAGGCAGAGUUAUUAUACUUGCUCUUUUUGAUUUCACUACUUGUGACUAGGAAGCACAUAUUUCUAAACAGAAUCUGUUUAUUAAUAUUUAGAACACUCUCAUAGCUAGUCCAUUUUGACCUGUGUUAAAUUGUAGUGGAAUUUUUUUGUGUGUGCUUAAGGAUUUUGACAUUUUUAGAGUGUGCACUUCUGUUUAAUGAUAUUAUAUCUUUAGUCUUGUCAGUCACUCUGUUUACUAUUUGUAUAAAAAUCUGAAUAUACAGUAACUUAUUUAAAUUUUUAACAGAACUGUAGACCCUAAUCAGGCUUUUAAGCACUGAUAAUUAUGUGCUUGAAUUCUUUUAACAUACUUCAGCCUUCAUAUGAGAUUUAAUCUGAAUAAAUGCAUUUUAUUAAAUGCAAAUUGAAGAUACAUUUUAGCAUAAUCAGUUUAGUAUGGUGUUAUAUGGUAGCUCUUGGCUAUUUUAAUUCUUCAUAAUAUUCUGAGUUUUAAUUGCCUCUUCUUAGGUCAUUUUUUCCCAUUUGAGUUUCUAAAUGGUAAAUGGAUGAUAAUUUGAAACAUGCUAUGGAUUAACCAGUUGAAUGGUAUUCCAUUUCUGUCAUUAAGAGAUUUUUAUCCUUCUGUCAGGUAAAAUAUUGCAAUAGAGAAUCUGAUUUUCUUGAACUCUGACAUAACAUUUAUUUGAAAAAUAAUGUUCUAAAUUUCUCCACCUGGAGUGUAAUCAUGUCUUUAAAAUAUUCAGUAGACCAUAGAAUACCAGAUUGUAAUGGUUGGAAGGGACCUUGGAUAUCAUCCAGUCUUUCUCAAACCUGGCAACUUUAAGAUGUGCAGACCCAUGCUGGCUAGGGAAUUCUGGAAGUUGAAGUCCGCACAUCUUAAAAGUUGCUAAAUUUGAGAAAUACUGAUGUAAUCCAACACUGCCCAAUGUACAAAUCCAUUACUGUAGCAUCUUGAUGAAUGGCUAUCCCUUCUCUGAAUACCGCCAGGGGAGAGUCCUCCACUUCCCAAGGCAGACUGUUCCAUUGUUGAAUAGCUUUUGCUGUUUUUCUUGAUGUCUGACUGAAAUCUAUGUCCUUGUAAUCUCAAUCCAUAGUUCCUUGUCUGUCUUUUGGAACAACUCUGAUCAAUUCUGACCUAUUUUCUACAAGACAGCCCUUCAAAAUACUUGAACCCAACUAUUAACAUCUUUUCUCCUCCAGUGUUUACCUUGUGAUCUACCAGAAUAUCGUAUCUACUCACAUGUAAGCCCACCCGCGUAUAAGCCAAACUUGGAAUUUUUAACCAAAAUACCAUGAAAAAUGCACUGCCCAUGGAUAUGCUGACCCACAUUUUUCAUAUUUUGGUUAAAAAUUCCAAGGUCAGUUUAGCCGUGGAUGGGCUUAUGUGCAAGUAUAUAGGGAUAUAUGGGUACUUUUAAAAAGUAUUGUUUAUAUUUAUGGUUAAGCCCGUCCAUGCAUAAGCCAAACUCAAAUUUCUUGGGUGUAUUUUGGCACCUUAUAUUCUCAGCUUAUCAUGAGUAUAUAUGGUACUUUUCAUGUAUACUGCCCAAUUUUGCACAUACACCCCCAUUCCUGUCUUUGACUGUUUUUCCUAAACAAACAUAGGACUUUGUAUUUGCCUCAGUUAUUGAUCUUAAAGGCUUCUACCCAUAGUUCUAGCAUAGUCAAGGUCCUGCUGAAUCUUGGUUCUGUCUUCGAAGAUCUGUGCUAUUCCCCCCCAGCCCCACAUCUUUAUAUACGUUGCAUAUUCUAUCAUUGUAUUUUCUAGCCCUUCAUCCAAGUCAUCUAUAUAUAUGUUGAACAGCACAGGACACAGAAAAGGUCUAGGUUAUUCCACUCAACACUUCCAGUUUGACACAGAGACUUUGGGUAUAAUUGUUCAGUGAGCUUCGUAUCUAUCUAUAGGUAGCAUAGUCAAACUCACAUUUUGCAUCUUUAUUAGAAUCUCAUGGGGCACUUCUUUGAAUGCUUUGCUGAAGGCAAGGUAUGUUAUGUCCAAGUAAACUGAUCACUGUCAGAAAAGGACACUGGGUUGACUUGGUAUGAUUUAUUAUUGAUAAAUCCAUGCUGGUACCUGCCCAGCAAUGUAUCCUAAAUAUUCACAAGAUGCUCAUAAACCCAUUGCUUAAUUAUUCCAGAAUUUUGCCCAGUAUCGACAUAAGCCGACCAGACUACAGUUAUCCAGGUCACCCCCCGCUUUUUUUUUUUUUUUUUGAAGAUAGGAAUAUUUGCCCUUCUCCAAUCCUAUGAUACCAUGCCUGUCCUUCAUGAUUUUUCAAAUAUCACAAAGGCUCCAAGAUGACAUUCACAAGCUCUUUCAGGACUCUUGAAUGUAAUUGGUCACGUUCUGGAUUCAUGGAUGCCAGGUGCUUCUUAAAUUUUUAGUUAUCUUGGAGUACUACUCCUUUUUGUUAGUGGUUCUACUUAGGUCUAUUUGAACAUAGCUUCCCUUUGGAAAGAAGACUGAAUAGAAGUUGAGCAGCUCUGCUAUCUCCCCAUCACCUGUUACCAUCCUACCAUCUUCUAGCAGUGGAUCUUUCGUUCUCUUCCUUUUACUACUGCAACAAACAGGGAUAACAAUUACUGUUACUGAAAUUAAGAAAUACUAGAAAAUUAAUUGUACAGGAAUUAAAUUCUAUCAACAGUUUUUAAUCUAAAGCAAGUGGCAGAUGUGGGCUUCAGUAUCUACAUUCUUUUCUUUAUUCCUUUCUUUACUUACUACUAUUUAUAUCCCACCCAGCUGCAGAGACUACAGGCAGUUAACAUCCAAAUAAAGACCUAUAGAAAUAAUAAAGUAGAUGUUUUAUUUCUUUUUCAUAUAUUUAUUUAUUUCAGUCCUUGAUCCCACAUCCCCCUAACACAUGGCCACUUUAAUUGCUAAUCCUUUAAAUCUUAUUGGGGAAAGUGUAUUCACGUUUAUUAUUGAAUGCUUAUUUUUCUCAGGGGAUAAAGCAGAUUGAAACUUGAAAUACAUAAAUGUGGGCCUAAUUUGCAGUAGGCUUGGUAGUCAAGUUAGUUCCAGGAAACCAGGUAGAACACAUGUUGAUUGUAACGUCCAUUUUCAUUCUUAUAAACCAUAAUCAAGAAAAUGGAUACAUAAUGAAAUUAUUCUUCAGGAUUAAAUAAACAGUAAUGGAGUGAAUAUCCAUAUUGCCCCCAAUUUCUUAUUGUUCACUGUGGCAGAAGGCUGUUGUAUGUUAAAUAUUUAACAAAUGAAUGCUAUUGAAGUCUGUUGGUGAACAAGUCUAUGCCUAUUACUACACGAAUUUUGUAAACACCCAGUUGUAAUGGUUUUUAGAUCACACUAGAAUGUCAGUAGUUUGUCAUUUAUAAUUUUGGCAUUGGAGGUAUUUAGGUGAGGGAAGUCUGUAUAUUUUGUAAAUUACUAACGAUGCUUUGCCAUCCUUGUGAAUGUGACGAUUCUGUAUAAAUGCACACAGAUUCUGUGAUACUGCAUGUCUGGGUAGUUCUGCAUAUUUAUUGUAUUAUUUCAGUGACAUAGAAUAAAAUGUUUCCUGAUUGUUUGCUCUGUAUAGUUUAAAAAAUAAAGUAGGGUCUUUUAUAAAAUGCAAGAUAAAAGACCAAAAGGUUAAUAUGUACAGAAAAUAGCAGGAAUUUAUCCCAAUUCAGCUCUAGCCCUAUGUAGUUACCUGGAGGCAGAAUGUGGAUAUGAGGAUUUGUUUGAAGCAAUGUGGAUCGACAUUGAUAGCAUUUCCCUUUUUUUUUCUGGCACUCUUAAUCACAUGUAACUAUGCACAACUAAUGCUGGAUCAGGGAGUUGGGUUUUUUGUAUUAUGUAUAUAAAUUCUAUAACCUGCAACCAUGGGAAAGAUACGCCAGUCUGCACUCAGUAACAAUCAAAAGAUGCGAUGUUUUCAAGGAACUGCCCAAUUGUGUUUUGCUUCUGUGAUGUAAAUGGGAAAUUUAAAAAGAAAGAAUAAUUAUUGAUAUUGAUGCAAUUUAUAGGUGUUGUUAGAUUUAUCUGGGAAAAUCUUGGAAGUAAAAGGAAACCUUUGAAAAC